AUGAAGAAGGAAUACCAAGGUACAACAAGAACAAAGAGGCAUCAACUUCAAUCACUUGGUUCAGAGUUUGAAUUACUUCGAAUGAAAUCAGGAGAGUCAGUUACAGACUACUUUUCAAGAAUGAUGGCUAUUGUUAAUAAGAUGCGGAUUCAUGGAGACAAGACAACAGAUGUCACCGUUGUUGAGAAGAUUCUUCGAUCCUUGACACCAAAAUUUAAUUUUGUUGUCUGUUCGAUAGAAGAAGCAAAUGAUGUGGAUGAACUUUCAAUUGAUGAAUUGCAAAGUUCCUUCUUGGUUCAUGAGAAAAAAAUUAACCAGCAGGAGAAAGAAGAACAAGCAUUGAAGGCCGUAUCCGAAAAUCACACCAUAUCUAGUGGAGGUGAUAAAGGAUGA